AUGGGAAAGGACCAGGCCAACGUUAAGGGUUGCCGCUUUCGCGUGUCCCUUGCCCUUCCAGUGGCGGCUGUGGUAAACUGCGCCGACAACACGGGCGCAAAGAACCUCUACAUCAUCUCUGUGAAGGGUUACCACGGCCGUCUGAACCGUCUGCCGGCUGCUGCCCUUGGCGACAUGGUGAUGGCCUCCGUGAAGAAAGGCAAGCCAGAGCUGCGGCGCAAGGUACUGAACGCUGUCAUCAUCCGUCAGCGCAAGAGCUGGCGUCGCAAGGACGGCACGGUCAUCUACUUCGAGGAUAACGCAGGUGUGAUCGUCAACCCCAAGGGUGAGAUGAAGGGAUCCGGUAUCGCUGGCCCCGUCGCGAAGGAGGCAGCCGAUCUCUGGCCCAAGAUCUCCACCCACGCCCCGGCAAUUGUGUAA